GGAACAGCGAACCCGUCUAUCUGUGUCUGGGAAGUGCCUCGAUACGUUUCACGGAGAUAUUAUAAUAACCUUGAAUCUAUUAAUCCGGUAGUACUGUUUGAAUGAAAACAUCGUACCUGACGAUUGUAGUACAUUUUCCUGAAUAGUUCAUUAAGCGACUCGGACGUGUCACUGUGUCAAUCCGCAAAGGCUUUCAGUGCGAAUAUAACUGUUAAGUUGUUGUGAACGUUGUAAUGAGUGAUCGGUUUUUCUUUUAAAGGUAAUUCGACAAAAUGUUGACGGGAUGGAAGCUUGCGCUAUCGAAACUAUUCAUAAUCCCACAGCGCUAUGUGUUAGCGGUGAUGGGACUAUUGGCAAUAGCGAAUGCUUACACGAUGCGUGUAUGCCUCAACUUAGCUAUCACUCAGAUGGUGAAGAAAAACGUUGCAGUAGAAGGGGACGAGCAUUACGAUCCUAAUGCGUGUCCUGACUUAAAUAUUGUAGCAAACGCUACGAGUCCUGUUUUGGCAUAUUACAGAGCAGAUGAUGCGGUACUAUUCGAAUGGAGCGAAGCGACACAGGGAUUGAUUCUCGGUUCUUUUUAUUAUGGUUACGUACUAACACAUAUUCCUGGGGGAAUGUUAGCUGAACGAUUCGGAGGAAAAUGGGUUCUGGGAUUAGGUUUACUAUCGACAGCUAUCUGCACUUUUAUAACACCAAUUACAGUUAAAAUGGGAGGCGCUACUGCUCUUUUCAUUCUUCGAGUGUUAGAGGGUCUCGGUGAAGGUCCAACUAUGCCUGGUCUUAUGGCCAUGUUAUCGAAAUGGGCACCAAAAGCUGAACGUGCCAGAUUUGGUGCUAUUGUCUUCGGUGGUGCUCAAAUCGGUAAUAUUGCUGGGUCCUACUUAUCCGGUUUGAUUAUGCACGAAGGAAGUUGGGAAAAUGUUUUCUAUAUGUUCGGAGGACUUGGAUUCUUAUGGUUCUUGUUUUGGACUGUUUUGUGCUACAGUACACCAAACACACAUCCAUAUAUAUCGGACGAAGAAAAAAAGUUCCUAAACCAAAACGUAGAUGCGCUUAUUCACAGUAAGAAGCAGGCUUUAGACCCCAUCCCGUGGAAGGGUCUUCUGCGAUCUGUACCUUUGUGGGCUCUCAUUAUCGCUGGAAUUGGACACGACUGGGGAUACUUCACGAUGGUAACUGAUUUACCAAAAUACAUGACAGAUGUUCUGAAAUUUAAUAUUAAAUCUACUGGGAUUUUAUCAGCCCUUCCGUAUGUAGCGAUGUGGAUCGCUUCGUUCUUCUUCGGUUUGGUUUGUGACUUCUGUAUUAAAAGAGGUUACCACAGUAUUCAAAAUGCAAGAAAAAUUUACACUACCAUCGCUGCGACUGGUCCUGGUAUUUGUAUUAUUCUGGCCUCAUAUUCUGGUUGUGAUACCACACUGGCUGUGUUUUGGUUCGUGUUUGCAAUGACUCUCAUGGGUGCCUACUACAGUGGUAUGAAAAUCAAUCCACUUGAUAUUUCUCCCAACUAUGCUGGUACCACUACGGCUAUGGUCAACGGUAUUGCAGCAAUUUCCGGAAUCAUCUCACCAUAUUUGAUUGGGCUUUUAACUCCAGAAUCCACACUGAAACAAUGGCGUGUGGCGUUUUGGGUGUGUCUCGGCGUAUUAGUGGUGACAAAUGUAGUUUAUCUUAUGUUCGCGAAAGGUGAACAACUUUGGUGGGACGACGUCAGGAAACAUGGCUAUCCCGCGAAUUGGAAGCAUGGACCUUUGCCGUCGAGAACAGUUGACUCGGAGGAACAAAAAGAGAAAACAGACGAUAAGGACGUUAAAUAAAGCACGUGUCAGUGCUCUCUUGCGGCUGUGUUGUAUAUAAUCGUAAUUAAGUUAACAAUAAUAAUUGUAAUAAACUAUU